AUGCACAUCUCCAUCGCCGCCCUCCUCACCGGCGCCAUGCUCGCCGCCGCCGCCGAGCACGCCCACUAUGCGCCCAUCUUCCUGAGCCCCAAGCGCCAGCUCCUGACCUGCGCCCAGACGUACGGCAACGGCUCCGUCCAGUGCGGCUCCGAGAACAGCACCAUGUGCUACACCCCGAGCAAAGGCGAUGUAGGUUCCUUCACAUCCAACCCUCCCGACACACCACCAGCAGGUCUCUCGGGCCUCUCCCCCCACCCCCGUCAAAGAGUGAUAGUGUUGUAUCCGGAAACAAAAAUCCGAAAAAAAGAAGCUGACAAAGAGAACCCGCCCGCUCGACGAUACAGACAUGCUGCCCCGACAACGGCUACUGCGAAGCAGGCCUCUACUGCGCCCCCGUCGCCGGAUACUGCUGCGUCGAGGAAAAAAAAAAAACAGGGCCAAUCCCUCUCCGCCUGCGCCGCACAAGCAGGCUUCGCCCUGCCCGCCUCCCUCCUCGCCUCCGCAGCCGCAGCCGUCACCAACAUCAACGGCAACGGCACGUCGCGCUCGACGCCCACCGUGACCGCCACGGCGACCGUCAACGCCACGGCCGCCGUCUUCGCUGUCGGCGACGGCCCCUCCGCCGACGACGAGAUCACGCUGCUGACGCUGGCGCCCUCCGCCACCACGGGCUCUCCUGCCCUGCCGACCAACGGCUACUUCAACGGCAGCACCAACACGUCCGUCCUCGCGGCCCCGACGUACGUGCAGGUCGCCCGCGCGGGCAGGCGCGAGCAGAGGCCCGGCGCGGCGUGGGUGGCCACUGCCGCGGCGCUGGCUGCCGUGCUCGUGUCGGCGCUGUGA